AUGCAUUCUGCCAGCAAUGAAAUAUCCUUUGAAAAUACAAAUAACUUGUCAAUGGGCGGCUUCCGCUUGAGAGGUGUCACCUUAGAUUUUGUCCCAACGAUUUUACUACGAGUAUAUUGCUUGGACUAUCAACGGAAACUGGAUGACUAUUGUCUCGAAACACGUCGAAGAUAGCUUCUGAAUUCGCUACAGCCUUGGGAAACAGUCAAGUUCGCCGGUUGAAAAAAUGAAAGUAGUGUCAUUGGCGGAGCACAUCUGUACCAAGGUUGGUUGCGUUUAUAAUUCCUAGCGUUCAUUGCCAUGGACAAUAGGGAAGUGAAUAGAAUUCAAGUAUACUGGCGGCAAAUUCUUGACGAGGGAGUAGAAUAACUAUAACAGAAA